UCUUGGCUCAGAGUGGGCCCACUCGCGGACAUCCGCGGCGCCGCGGGGCGAAGACCUCGCGGGUGACCGCGCCCGCCCCAGGUGGGGAGGGGGAGUCGGCAGGGCCGCCGCCCUGGCGCUGCAGCUGGGCUUGGGGACAGGAGGCCUCCACCACUGCGGCUGGGAAUGGGCGGCCGGGAGACGACCACGGCUGGAGGUCGCGGCCGCCGGCGGCCGCUGGCCGGGAGCGCCGUCCCCCUGGCGGCGGGCGCGGGCGCGCCGAAGGGCGACCCGGAGGGCCCCUGCUGCGCGGGCCUGGACGCGCUCCCUGGACUGCGGUCCUACAAGAGGCUGCUGGCGCGCUACGGGCUCCAGUUCACACUUCGUGCCGUCCUGUACCGCGUGCUCGUGGUGAUCUUGGCAGGCGCGCUCCUGGCCGGCACGCUGUUGGGCGUGGUGCUGCCUUGGCUCUUCACGCUGGCGCUAUCGUCGCUUGUGUUCGCCUAUGUUGCGUGCGAGGCGUGCUUCCUCGUCUACCUCCGGUCGGUGCUGCGGCGGAUCCAGCGGCCAAAGCCGCUUCGCCAGAGGCUGCCCCCGCCCGAGGGCAGCCUGAAGCUCUUCGACCGCACGAUGGAGGCCAUCGACGUCGGCAACGAGUGGGCCACCGCUGGUUGCGCCCUCGCUGCUGGCCGGGAUUACAAGCGGUUUAUCGAGGGGUGGUUCUUGGGCUGCCCGUUCGAGCACCUGCGCCGCGGCAAUCUGCAGGAGCUCACCGCGUGGGCCUUCUUCACCAAGGAGAUCGCGGAGCUCGACGCGGACGAGAGCAAGCUGCUGACGGAUGUCAUGAUGCCCAGGUGGGAGGAGAGGCUGGGCUGCCUCCCAGAAGGCUACAGCGAGGGCGUGAAGCCCAUGCGGAUCAACUUCGACCGGGUGCACGCGUGGUGCCAUCCUCUGGCCUACUACGCGGGCAUCCGCGCCCUCCAUCUCGUCACCCGGCAGCUGAUGCGGCUCCUGGGGUUCACCUACAAGGCCGCAACUGGCGGCGGCGUGUCUUUCUUCCACAACGCGCCGCCCAGGCCGCUGUCCGGGCCGCUCUUGCGCGGCGGCGAGCCUCAGCCUUCCAAGCCGCCAGUCGUCCUCAUCCACGGCCUCGGGGUGGGCCUGCUACCCUACCUGCCCUUCAUCAGGAGGCUGGCCCGGCAGCGGGAAUGCUUCGUCGUGGAGGUGCCCGAGGUGUCGCAGGUCGGCGCGAAGGUCACGCUCACUCCGGACAGCGCCCCCGCGGCGUUCGCGGCCAUGCUGGAGUCCCACGGGCACGCCAGUGCCUGCUUCGUGGGCCAUUCCUACGGCACCUGCAUCGCCAGCUGGGUGGCGCGCGCGCGUCCCGACGUGGUCAGCAAGCUCGUCCUGCUGGACCCGGUCUGCUUCCUCCUGUGCCAGCCCGACGUGGCCUUCAAUUUUCUGUACAGGAGGCCGCACAAUGUGAUGAUGCGCGUGACUGCGAGCUUCGUGCGCUGGGAGCUCUUCGCCGCCAACGUGCUGAUGCGUCACUUCUACUGGUACCACAACGUGCUGUGGCGCGAGGAGCUCCCGGACGACUGUGUGGUGGCACUGUCGAGCAGGGACGACAUCACCACCAACGUUCCAGAUGUCUGGCGAUACCUCGAGGAGCACCAGCAGGGCGCCCGCGGGUCGAAGCUGAAGCUGCUGUGGAUGGACGGCCUCCAUCACGGCCAGGUGCUGCUGUCGAAGCAGGCCCAGCUGCGUGUCCUGGAGCUGAUGUGAGGGGCUGGCUGCAACAGGCCGAAGGGCCGCGCAACGCGGGGAACAGGAUAAGGGAAGCACCCUGCAACUCCGACGACUCCGUGCUGCAGCCGAGAAGCUCCAUUUUCCUAAUUUUCUUGCUGACCUUCUGGCCCUUUCCAGCGAUGCACGAACAUCGUGCGUGCCUCGAUGAUCUUGGCCCUCCUCCCUUCUCCUCCUCCUCCUCCUCCUCCUCCUCCUUCUCCUUCUCCUUCUCACCUCUCCUCCUCCUCCUGUUCGUCCUCCUCCCUCCCUCCCCCGUCUGCAUCGCAGGCCUACCUGCUUGUUGCCACUGUCGCUCGUUUGUUUGGCCACGUUCACAGAUGCCUGUGCGCAUUAUUGAAGUCGCUCCGAGCGUUUUCGACGCGGACACAGUUCUUCAUGAAGGGCCGAAGCUGUGAACUUUGCUGGCCCGCACGCGCCCGUCACCACAACCCGCCUCUCCUGUCUUCCCUUCGUUCGCCCAGCUUGUUUGCUCUCCACGGCGAUAAAGUUUGUCUUCCGCCGCCGGCGACCUGCUUGACCCGUAACCCGCGGUUUGCCCACGAGUGUUUGUCGAACAACGCGGCACGGAAAAGGAAGUCCGUGGUCUGCACGCCCUCGUGGCUUGAAUUGUUUAAGCCAAUCGUUUUGUUUCGAACACUCCGCCAGCGAAUAUUGCUUCAUUACUGCCGCUUGCGUGUGCCGUUGUGAGGGGUGUGAAGCUGUUGGGUGGUGGAAGUGUUCCCUGGGUGUCAGGUUAGGCUCGCCCCGCGGACGAUAGUUUGGUUUCACCCGAG